AUGCAUUCCUUCAAGAGCUUUCUCUUUCCUUCGCUUUUCGCUCUGGCUCAUGGGCACUCUGUCAUUCUCAAUGCUCAGGGUCUCGACACUUCUCCUGCUAGUGUAGGAUUUCAAGUUGAUCCCGAGAUCGCCCGCAACUGUAUCACUAUCAACCCUUGCCAGCAGGAUGCCACUAUCAUUCGUGAUGCAGAGAUCACCGCCAACAUCGUCAACCAGUGUGGCCGCACUGAGCUGUCUGGUAACAUUGAUGUCGGAGAAAACACCGAGAAUGCCAUUUCUGCUGGAAAGGUCACCCAGGUUGAGGCUGGUGGUGAGCUCACCGUUACUAUUCAUCAGGUCAACGCCGAUGGUGCUGGCCCAUACGUGUGUGAUCUGGAUGAGAGCAGCAACACCAACACCAACAUUCAGAACUUGACCGUUACAAAUAAUGUCCCCGGAACAAACGGCCUUUCUCAGGUCAAGACUCAGGCUUUCAACAUCACGGUCAAGAUGCCCGAUGACCUCAACUGCUUUGGAGCCUCCACUGGCAACAUUUGCACCGUCCGAUGCCGUAACAACGCUCUUGCUGGUCCCUUCGGUGGCUGCUUCGCCGUUCAGCAAGCCGAUACCGAUAAGAAGACCAACACUCCUCAGAACAUCAAGACUACUCAGCAGCUCCAAGCUAUCAACGCUCAGGUCCUCCAGAACCAGAAAGAUUUCCCUGAUUCCGUCAAGGCCAACGAGAACGCUACCAAUGAUGAGGCUGAGCAGAACAAGGCUGCCGUUGACGCUCUUCUUGGCAACACCGUCGUCACUUCGGCCUUUGCUACCGAGACACCCUCUGUUGCUCUUGGUCGACCUCCUGCGGCUACCGAGACAGGUGAUGCAGGCAAUGAUAACAACAACAACAAUGAUAACAACAAUGGUGGGAACAACGGUGGUAACGGUAACGGUAACAACAACAAUGGAGGCAACAACGGCGGUAACAACGGUGGCAAUGGUGGUAACGGACAAGGCCAAGGAAACGGCCAAGGCCAGGGCAACGGCCAGGGUAACGGGCAAGGCAACGGUGGUCAAGGCGGCCAGAACGGCGGUAACAACCAGGGAGGUAACGGCGGUAACCAGGGCGGCCGUGGGGGCCAGGGUCGAGGACAAUUCGGUGGCGGUGGUGGAUUUGGCGGGUUUGGAGGAAACGCCAAGCGAGCUGCUUCUAAGCUCCGAUGGGCCAAGCGAUUCUUCGCUCAAGAAGAUACCAUCUGA